AUGCCAGAGGGACCAGAACUACACCUGACAAUGCUAUCCAUUAAUAAGUUGUGUAAAGAUGUGAUAUUUAGUGGGACAGUUGUCCGAAACCCAAUUCACAAAUGUGCAGAAGUGACAUGGGACCAGGAGAUGUACACAAUCAGGGCCGAGUCUAGGGGCAAGGAGUUGCUGCUUCAUCUACAGGAGGUGUCCGGCGGCAGCAACAGGACUUCAGUCACAGACAAAGUGCUGAGAUCAAUGUCCAUUUUGUUUACUUUUGGAAUGAGUGGAAAGUUUGCAUUCACCCCAGCCCAAGAGCUGCUUAAACAUUCCCACCUGUCGUUCAUCACCAAAGAGGCUCCUCAAAUGGCUGUCAGUUUUGUUGAUCCCCGCAGAUUUGGCAGGUGGGUGGAAGGUGGUACAUGGUCCACAGACAGGGGGCCUUGUGUGAUCCAGGACUAUGACAACUUUGUGAAGAACAUCCUAGCAAAUCUACAGCAUCCAGCUUUCAAGAGGCCAGUCUGUGAAGUCUUGCUGGAUCAGCAGUUCUUUAACGGCAUCGGCAACUAUCUUAGAGCGGAGAUUCUCUACAGGUGUCAGGUGCCGCCAUUUGUUGCAGCCAACACUGUCCUCCAGCUCCAAGAUGGUGGCACACAGAUCAGU